GCUCUGGGUGGUGGAUACCUGCACUGGGGCCACUUGGAGAUGAUCCGCUUGACCAUCGGGCGCAACAUCGACCCCAAAUCCAUGUUUGCCAUCUGGCGGGUGCCCGCUCCCUACAAACCGGUGACGAAGAAGAGUCUGGGCCACCGGAUGGGAGGUGGCAAAGGCCCCAUCGACCACUACGUGACAGCGGUGAAGAGCGGGCGCCUGGUGGUGGAGGUGGGAGGACGCUGCGAGUUCGGGGAGGUGAAGCCCUUCCUCCUGCAGGUAGCCAGGAAGCUGCCCUUCCCCGCCGUCCCCGUGAGCAGGGACAGCCUCCAGCAGAUGAGGCAGAAGGAGGAGGAGAAGAAGCUCAACAACCAGAACCCUUGGACCUUCGAGCGCGUGGUCACCACCAACAUGCUGGGGAUGAGGAGGUACCUGAGUCCCUACGACCUGCGGCUCCAGGGGCGCUACUGGGGGAAGUUCUUCCUGAAGCACAGGGUGUGA